CACCUCGAAAUAUCCCCACAGCUUCAAGGAAGUUGCCAAGAAGUUGCCCAAGAAAUGCUAGCUGUAUAUAGCCGCUCUGCAAUUUUCUGUAGUAAGCACUUGUCUUGCAACUUACAACUUCAAUUAAUUCGUCCAUGGCCUUGUACGGAGCUUCUUCGUCUUCCUCUCCCAUCCGUCCAAGGGCUUAUUACGAUGUAUUCUUGAGUUUUAGAGGCGAAGAUACGCGCAGAAGUUUUACUGGCCAUCUAUGCUCAGCUUUGCGUCGAACCGGAAUCAACACCUUCAUGGACGACACGCUUGAAAGGGGAGACGAAAUUUCACCAGCACUUGUCAAAGCUAUUGAUCAGUCAACGAUUUCAAUCAUUGUGUUAUCUAAAAACUAUGCAUCAUCCGGAUGGUGCUUGGAUGAGCUAAUGAAGAUCCUUGAGUGUAGAGAAAAAUGGGGGCAACAGGUUUUACCAUUGUUCUAUGACGUAGAUCCGGCAGAUAUACGGCGUCAAAUCAAUUGUGUUGGAGAAGCAUUUGCUAAACUUGAAGAAAGGUUCAAGAAUGAUGAAAUGAAGGUGAAGGAGUGGAAGGAAGCCCUAAAAAAAGUGGCAAAUUUGCCCGGAAUGCAUUUGGGAAACAAGGAUGAAUCUAAAUUUAUUGACGAAAUCAUUGAAUGGCUGAAUUGGACAUUAGCUAAAAAGAUAGACUUCGAAGUUGCCCAGCAUCCAAUUGGAAUAGAGUCUCAUAUACAACAAUUGAAGUCCCUUUUAGAUAUUGAGAAGAAUAAUGGUACAUGCAUGUUAGGGAUCUUGGGAAUGGGCGGCAUUGGAAAAACAACUAUUGCCAAAGCGAUCUAUAACUCGAUUGCUUUUCGGUUUGAAGUAAGUUGUUUUCUUGAAAACAUUAGAGAAACUUUCCAAAAGGAGGGUCCGAUCCAUUUGCAAAAGAAACUUCUUUCUAAAAUCAUCACAAAUCCAAAGAUUGGUAAUGUUGAUGAAGGAAUUACUUUGAUAAGGGAAAGGCUUUCCUCUAAAAGGGUACUUCUAAUUCUUGAUGAUGUGGAUCAUUCAAGCCAAUUAGAAAAGAUAGCUAGAGAAAGUGAUUGGUUUGGUUUAGGAAGUAGAAUCAUCAUAACAACAAGAGAUAAUCAUCUACUAACUCAACAUCAAGCUUUACCUUACAAGGUAGAGGGAUUGGAUGAGAACACAAGUCUUCAGCUCUUUAGUUGGCAUGCCUUCAAUAGAGAUAGACCUGAUCCUGAUUUUUUGGAACUUGCACAAGAUGCAGUAUGUUAUACUCGGGGAUUGCCACUAGCUUUAACAUUAUUGGGCUCGACUCUAAAAGGUAGAGAUAUACUUUAUUGGAAAAGUAAAUUGGAUGUGUAUAAAAGAAUUCCUAAUGAAAAUAUUCUUCAAAAACUUAGAAUAAGUUAUGAUGGAUUGGAGAAAAAUGUGAAGAAUGUUUUCCUUGACAUUGCUUGUUUCUUUAAAGGACAAGGUGUGACAUAUGUCACAAAAGCACUAGAUAGUUUUGGUUUCCAUUCAUAUAGUAGUAUCGAAGAGCUCAAGGACAAGUGUCUCAUAACUGAGUCUCUCAUAACUGAGUCUCGAGGACAAAUUGAGAUGCAUGACUUGUUGCAAGAAAUGGGUAGAGAAAUUGUUCGGCAAGAAUCACCUGAAGAACCUGGAAAGCGCAGUAGGUUAUGGUUUCAUGAAGAUGUUUGUCAUGUCCUAAGAGAAGAUACGGGAACAAACAAAGUUGAGGCCAUAUUGAUAAAUUUGCCUGGAAAAGAGAUAUACUUGAAUUCCGAAACCUUCGAGAAGAUGAAAAAGCUCAGGCUAUUAAUAAUUGCUGCAAGGUGUUAUGGAGAGCCCAAUUUUCGCUCUAAUAAGUUAAGAUUGCUUGACUGGAAUAGAUAUCAAGGAGAAUCUUUACCAUCCAAUUUUUAUGGAAAUAACCUCGUUGUUUUAAAACUGGAAGUGAGUAAACUCAAGACAUUGGAGGGAGUCCAGAAUUUCCAAAACAUGAGAAUUAUGGAUUUCUCUUCUUGUAAAUUCAUAAGAGAAAUCCCUGAUGUUUCAAGGCUUUCAAAUUUAGAGGAAUUGAUUCUUUCGUGUUGCCGAAAUUUAGUUGAGGUUCAUUGUUCUGUUGGAUUACUUGAUAAGCUCGUUGUUUUGAAUCUUAAUAGCUGCUAUAAUCUUACGAUUUUGCCAAGAAGCUUUAGGUUGAGAUCUCUAGAACGUCUUGACCUUAUGUUUUGUAGAAUGCUUAAAACCUUUCCUGAAAUUGAGUUUCCAAUGGAAGUUUUAGAGUUCAUCGGCUUAGGAUAUACUGGCAUAGAGGAAUUGCCUUCAUCCAUUGGGUACCUCGUUGGGCUUAAACAAUUGCAUCUUUCAGAUUGCAGAGACCUCACAAAUCUUCCACAUACUAUUUAUAAGUUGCAACAUUUGAAAGAACUUAAUUUGCUUAAUUGCAAGGGACUCCAAGAAAUUUUAAGAUUUCCACCAAAUGUAGUAGAAGUGCAAGCUGCCUGGUGCGAGUCAUUGGCGAUAUUUUUAGAAGAACCUAGAAGAUCUCAGUUGCUUAAUAUGUGGGAUCCACCAGAGCCAGAGGGGGUUGGAACGACAUCUUCAGCACCGCAAUCGUCGAGUCUUGGAAACAAUGUUGUAACAGAAUCAGAUUUCGUGAUUGAACGUGAUUGCCCUCGUAAUUUGAAAGUUCUAGAUCUAUCAAAUAGCGCUAUUGUUAGCCUUCCUGCAUGGCUCAACGAAUUUGCUGGAUUGGAGGAGCUUUACUUGAGCCAUUGCAAGAAACUUGAAGAAAUUCCAGAACUUCCACCAAAUAUAAAAAAUGUAUGUGCGAAUGGAUGCACGUCAUUGGAAAGAUUUCAAUAUAAUAAUAUAAACGAUUUACCAAUGCUUGAAUGGAUUGAAUUCUCCGAUUGCCAUCGAUUGCGUGAAAAUAUGGGGGAUGAUCUGCAAAUUCGUUUAAUGAGUGAGGGACAUCCUAAGAAACGCGAAUUUGGCUGUAUAUUUCCGGGAAAUAAGAUUCCAGAUUGCUUCAGCCAACGUGAAGCGAUUUCAUAUACUGAUUGGUGUGAAAUUAAUAUCAAUGAGCCUCUACAUUUGGAUUUGGAGAAUACAAUAUUUGCAUUCUCUGCUGUUAUUGAAACAGAGGAUGUAGAAGAUGAGGUUUGUUUUCGAAUUCUCGUUGAAGUCAUCAACAAUGGUCAACUAAUCUAUUGUCAUAGGUCUAUUUGGAUAAGUUACGCAGCCGGCUCAGAUCAUGUAUAUUUGCAUUACUCUGGUUCACCCCAUUCUCGGCUAAAGAUGGAUAAUCUUCGAGUUACAUUUAAAUUAGAGUUUGGCAGUUAUUCUAAGACUGUGAUCCUUAAAACUUGCGGAUUCCAUCUACAACAUAGAUAUGAAGAGGACGCCAUAGAUUUAAUGGAUCGUAUUCAACAUUCUAAGAGAAGCCGUGGUGAUGAUGAUGAUGGCAACUUGGAAUCCAAUUGUUACCCACAACAAAAGAGGCAUUCUUCAAUCUUGGGCAUUAGCAUUCCAGAUGUAGAGGAAACUCCCCUUGGUGAAUCACAACUACACCAAUCAAAUCACCCAGGCACUUAAACAGGCCACCUUCUUUUCACUUUUUCCUCUAAGUACCCUAUAAUGCUCGUUAAUUUUGUUUUGGGUUAACUGCUGAAUGGGGUGGGUUCGGAGGGCUGGAUGGUUUGGAGACGAUUAUGCCAUUUUUUCGAAUCUUUGGUGCAAUUGACAAAUGGGGUUCCAUAUGCGAAUGCGUGGGACAUAUUCAGCAAUUGGACCAUGAGCGACUAUUUGGGACAGAGUCACUAGCUUGGGUUCUAAUAAUGACUUGCAUAAUCUGGCAGGAGAGUCACAUACUGCAACCUCCACUUCAGAUAGUUUUGAUUGUUGCUGCUGGACCUUUCCUUGGUAUCUUGUUCAGCAAUAUACAAGAAUUUCGGAAACAAUUCUGGCAAUGCGCACUAUUAGUAUUAGACCGCUUUAGGGUUUCGGCUCUUGGUGAUAACUAUUUCAAAAAUGACUCAUUUUUUCAUGUCUUUCUUCCAUUCUCUCACUUAUUAAAAUUACCAUUGGAUCUAUUAGGUUCAUGUGAGACCCUCAUAUGAGCUACAUAGAUCUAAUAAUGGUGAUUUUUAAAAGUGAGGAUAGAAGGACAUGAAGGGAAUCUGUAGCACAUCUCUAGACAUUUUUCUCUUUUUCUUGUAUGGUUGGCCUAGAUGCUCUGGGUUUGCAAUUUACCAAAUGGACUACUUUGCUGGGAAUUGCAAGUCCUCUUUGAGGCCACAUUGCACUUACCGGCUGAUAUUGUGUGGAAUUUGUUCUACGUGUGGUUACAUUAUGGAAAUUUAUUAU